UAUUAAGCAUUCCUGCUCGGCUUCCAUACAACGCCACCGCCUUCUUCUUUCUUCGCCGAGGCUAAAAUAAAAAAUAAAAAAUACCUCCAAACUGCGUGAAACUGAAAUGGCAGAUCAUCCCAACUACUCUUCACCUCCUCCAACCCAACCCGAUCUCCAUCCUCCUUUCCAAAACGAAGAACAAAACCAGUUCACCUUCCGUCCUCCAACCACUUCCUGGUCUGAGGCGUCGCCCCCACCUCCCAUCCAUCGCCCCCACUCCCAAUCCAUCCUCCUCACUCCAAUCCCCCAACCUCAACCAGUCCCCACCAUCUCACUCCCCCACUCCUUCCUCUGUCCGUCGAAGCAGAUCUCCUCCCCGUCCGACGCUGCUCGCUUCCUCUCCUCCCCAUCGGGCUCGAACUUCCUCUCGUUCAUCGCAUCCCUCUCGCAUUCUGUCCGCGGCCGUAAGAUCUCCGACCUUACCCAUCUCUCCUCCUUUCUCUCCUCCCUCCUCUCCCUCCUCCAAACCCUCUCCGAUUCCGUCGACGCCAUCCCACCCGUCCAUCAGCCGUCCCGCUAUGGCAAUCCUGCCUAUCGCACCUGGCACUGUCAACUCACCGACACCGCCGAUCCCGUCCUCUCCAAUCUCCUUCCCGACGAAUUGAAGCCUGCGACGGUCGAGAUCGUCCCCUACUUCACCGACAGCUUCGGCAACGCGUCCCGCAUCGACUAUGGCACCGGCCACGAGACCAACUUCGUCGCGUGGCUCUACUGCCUCGCCCGCCUCGGCCUUAUCAGAGAGGAGGACUAUCCAUCCGUCGUCCUCAAGGUCUUCGUCAGGUAUCUCGAGCUGAUGAGGAAGCUGCAGAUGACAUACAGCCUAGAGCCUGCUGGGUCCCACGGCGUGUGGGGCCUAGACGACUACCAUUUCCUGCCAUUCAUCUUUGGGUCAUCACAGCUGAUCGACCACAAGUACAUGAAACCCAAGUCGAUACACAACCAGGACAUACUCGACAACUUCUCGAAUGACUACAUGUACCUCUCGGGCGUGGCAUUCGUGAAGAAGGUGAAGAAGGGGCCGUUCUCGGAGCACUCGCCCCUGCUCGAUGACAUCAGCGGGGUGCCCGCGUGGAGCAAGGUGAACAGCGGCCUGCUCAAGAUGUACCGCGCUGAGGUGCUUGAGAAGGUGCCAAUCAUGCAGCAUUUUCUAUUCGGGUCACUCAUCAAAUGGGAGUGAAUUGGCAGACAGCUUCAGCAGGCUUUUUCUGUGGAACAAAGACAAGUCCAGAAUCUGCAUCCGGUUGCAUAAAUAAGCCUAGAUGCUUGUUAGAACAGAGUCACAUAUAGAUGGUCAUACACAUUCUCGUGUAAGUGGCAUCUCUUUUCCCAUUCUUGUAAAAUUGGUUACACUACACUUCUAGAUCACAGUUUUGCAAUUUUUCCUUUAAAAUCUUUGGCAUCCUUGAGAAAAUCAAAGGCUUUCUUAUAUAAGUUUUGCAAUUUUUAUCUUUUAAUAUCUUUGACAUCCUAGAGGAAAAUCAAAGGCUUUCUUAUUGGUGUAUGGGUUUGGAGAUGCAUGCUUUUCAUAUUUUGAAUCCAUCUCCCAUGGCGCAAGUGAUGAAGCCCACGAGAAUUCCUGGUUUAUGUCCAAGGUUGUUGCUUCCCGUAACCUUGAAAAUCUGCAAGUUCUACAAUAACUUAUGGUCAGUAGGAGAGGAUGCUAACGUGUACAAGUUGGCUGGUGAUACAUGAAUAUGUUGAAUGUUACUUUUCUGAGAUCUGCUUUAUGCAGGAUCCUUCAUCAUAGUCAUCCCUUAGAGAUGAUGUUACAUUGUUGAUCUUCUGCUGAACUUUGAUGGGUUGAGAACUCCUCUGUUGUCUGCAACAAACAAUAUACACUGCUAGUAAUGAAAUGACAUUCUAGGUCUUGUUAGCUGA